AUUGUGUUAUACAAAGUGCUGUGCCGGGUUGUAUUACACAAAGUACUGUGCCGGGUUGCGUUACACAAAGUGCUGUGCUGGGUUGCAUUAUACAAAGUGCUGUGCCAGGUUGUGUUACACAAAGUGCUGUGCCGG